GAUGCGAGACGGGCCAAGCCGGUGCGCGCCAGGCAGCAGCGAUCUCCGCCAGGGGCGGACGGACCGCUUCCGUGCCGCAGGGUGACCGUUAGCCCGGCGGAGGCUCCCCCGGCCGGGACCGGCACCGGGGCCGGGGUCGGGCAGCUGCCCGGCGCCGCGGUGCCUGCCGGCGCGCCCCGCGGGGUGCGGGCGCGGGGGAUGCGGAGCCGGCCGCGGCCCACCAUGGGGGGCGGCCACUCCCACCGGGCGCCCGUCUUCGACGCGGACGAGGACGUUAACUUUGACCACUUUCAAAUAUUGCGGGCUAUUGGGAAAGGGAGUUUUGGAAAGGUGUGCAUUGUACAGAAGAGAGACACCAAGAAAAUGUAUGCCAUGAAAUAUAUGAAUAAACAGAAGUGCAUUGAGAGAGAUGAAGUUCGAAAUGUUUUCCGGGAGCUUCAGAUAAUGCAAGGCCUGGAGCAUCCCUUCCUAGUCAAUCUAUGGUAUUCCUUUCAAGAUGAAGAAGACAUGUUCAUGGUGGUUGAUCUCUUACUGGGAGGCGAUCUGCGUUACCAUUUGCAGCAGAAUGUCCACUUUAAUGAGGGAACUGUUAAGCUAUACAUUUGUGAGCUGGCGCUUUCCUUGGAUUAUUUGCAGAGAUACCACAUCAUUCACAGGGACAUCAAACCCGACAACAUACUACUGGAUGAGCAUGGACAUGUUCAUAUCACUGACUUUAACAUAGCAACCAUAGUGAAAGGCUCAGAAAAAGCUUCUUCUAUGGCUGGCACAAAACCCUAUAUGGCUCCAGAAGUGUUCCAGGCCUUUAUGGAUGGAGGUCCAGGAUAUUCGUACCCAGUAGACUGGUGGUCACUAGGAAUUACCGCAUAUGAAUUACUGAGGGGCUGGAGGCCCUAUGAAAUUCAUUCAGCCACCCCCAUUGAUGAGAUACUCAACAUGUUCAAGAUAGAAAGAGUUCACUACUCAUCUGUCUGGUGCAAGGGCAUGACAGCACUACUGAAAAAGCUCCUCACUAAGGACCCAGAAUGCCGCCUUUCCAGCCUUGCAGACAUACAAAGCUCUCCAUACCUAGCUGAUGUCAACUGGGAUGCUGUUCUAGAGAAAGCUGUGACCCCAGGCUUUGUUCCUAACAAAGGAAGACUGAACUGUGAUCCUACAUUUGAACUUGAAGAAAUGAUUUUAGAGUCCAAGCCUCUCCACAAAAAGAAAAAGCGACUUGCCAAAAACAAAUCGAAAGAUGGAGCUAAGGAAACCUGCCCACUGAACGUACACCUGCAGCAGUGCUUGGAAACCGUUAGGAAAGAAUUCAUCAUAUUCAACAGAGAGAAAUUAAGAAGACAGCAGGAUCAAAGUGGACAGACUUCCAGCAUGGACAGCAGAACAUCCCUUCAGAGCCAUGAGAAACUCCAAGAUGGGCGUAACAACAACUUACUGGGACACGGCUGCACAAGAGGCUGCAGCAGCUAGUGAGCUACAGCCCUGCACGCACCUCCACCCUGGCAAGGCGAGGAAAGGUCCUCUCUGCGCAUGCCUUCAUCUUCACCCCUCGGAUCCUGGGACAUCUGACUCCUCCAAAAGCAGGAUUCCUAGACAAUGACAAGCCCAUGGAGCCCACUGGCUGAGACUUUCCACAUAUGAUCCUGCUCUUUUGACUCUGCCACUGGAAAAAUAACCAUCAGCAACAAAAUACCGUUUUAUAAGUAAGUGUGACUUUCCUUUUCAAAAUCCUGGAAGAAAACUUGAAACAAUUCAUUAGGCAGUUUCUCAAAGAUUGCCACAUUUCUGGCUACUUGCAAGAGACAAAGUUAUAUUGGGGCCAGCUUUAUCCUGAAGACUUUAUGUUACCCUCUCUGUCUCUGUUGAUUAAAAUGGUCCAGUUUGAAAUUUUGUGAAACUGCUGGACAAAGCUGUUUCUGAGCACCUGGUAUUGAGUUUAUAACGGAUGUAUAUGAUGUAAAUACAUGAAUGUAGUGUUAAAUAGGCCAAAUACUGAAUAAUAUAAUUUAUAUACCUGAAGACCAUUGGAAAAGUUGGAGCUUGAAUGUACUCACAUUGUUCUUUAACUUCAUGCAUUCUGCUUUGUAGUAAAAGAUGUGACCCUGGCCAAGUCCAGGUUUUGCUAGUGGCUUUAGUGGAUGCAGGAUAAGGCACGUUAGUAGUGUAUGAUAACCAUGACAAAGACAGACCUUUUCAUUUGUAACAAUAGGCUGACUGAGCCAGAGUUGAAAAGCAGCUUAGUAAGGAGAGCUAGAAACAUUAAGAAUUUGCUCAGAUCCAUAGUUAGGUGCUAUAAAAUGUGAGGAAGUUACAUGUGUGUCUGUUUUCAUGGAUCUAUUCUGGAUGAGAACCAUCUUGAAUAGAAACAUAAUUUAUCCAAAGUAUUGUUGACAUGAAACCUUUUUUUUUUUUUCCAAACAACAUCCACAAUUCCAAACAUUUAUGGUAUUUUACAACUUGUACAUCCACAUUUUGAUAAUAAAUGCAUGCUUGUUCUGUCUUAUUGUGCAUAAAUUUUAUUUGUUCUGUCUUAUUGUGUAUAAAU